AUGAUAAUAUUCGUUGAUGUAAAUGAUACUGCUCCUGUUCCUGCAAAUACAAAAUUUACGGGAGAUGCCACUUUCUUUGAUACAGGACUUGGAGCUUGUGGUAGAGUUAGCAACAACGGCGAAUUAAUUUUUGCUCUUCCUUCUGUAAUGUUUGACCCCUCUCCCGGUGGUAAUCCAAAUAACAAUCCCAAUUGUGGAAGACUCGCAACUGUUACGCGUGGCGCAAAUUCAGUAACUGUCAUGUGCGUAGAUCGGUGUGUCGGAUGUAAAUCUGGGGAUAUAGAUUUAUCUCCAGCUGCUUUUAAUCAAAUUGCAAAUCCAGAUGAAGGUCGAGUCCUGGUUUCGUGGUCAUUUAUAAACUAA